UACUUUUCAGUGGAUCUUUUCACUGAACUACCGUCUUUCAUUCGUGCUUCCGCCGACAGGCAACGCCAGCAGCAGACGCGUAAGCGAUUAAGGAGAGGAAGCGUUUCCGCCGAGCCUUCUGACCAGAACGAAGCCGCAGACGAAACAUCUAAGAGUUAUCUGUCGCGUAUGGAGCGAGUCGGCGUCGAGUUUCUCACGCGUGUGUCCAAAGAGCGUAUGAAGCGCGUGAAGCGAGCGACGGUCGCUGUGAGUUUGUCAGCUCGAUUUGACAAAAGGGCAAGAACGUCCCAACUGCAGCCAACUUUCAUACCCGAGCGGCGGUAUGGCUACUCUACGGACACAAUGCGCCAACUGAGAAAUAUCGAGUGGACAGGAACACUGCUGGGAUUCCUCGCAGGGCUCGUGAGUGGUCUCAUCUCGAUUGGAUUGGAGAGCGUAUUGCCUCCGCAACUUACUGUUGACGAGAUUUGGGGCUUCAAUCGGUAUGUACUGCUUAUCAAUAUCGCAGUCUCGCUAGUGGAGGUGACGGUGCUGUACACGAUAGCCGUGAUCUGUGCGUUCCGCCUGACAGUUAGCGCGGGCCUCACACUAUACCCGCUUGACCAAGAGCGUGAAUUUCUGGCCCGAGCGGUGGCCCGCGCGGCGCUGCAAGUUGGUCACCGCAUGGACACGCUCUUCGGGAUGGAUCCUAUGCGGGGCUCUCCGAAGAUCAUUCUGCUCCUGACAUUUCUUGUGUACAAAAGCAAACGCUACGUCGUCAAGUUCCUGCUCAAGCUAUUUAUCAAGCGAGUACUAUCGAGAGCAGCCGCACGCUCGGCCCUAAGCGCCACCGUCCUUCCGAUUCAAGGGCUUUUUGAUUCCUGGACGCUACGCCGGGUGCUGCGGAAUUGUAGGGUAAAUAUCAUCGGUCCGCCGUGCGCAAUCGCGGCCUUGGAAACCUUUCUGCUGGAAGACGCGUGUUUCAAGCCCGCCCAACGCCGCAUCGUGCACCCCAACGUCGAGAUCAUGGUAGAGCACCUGCGUCACCGCUGGAUUAAUGUGGAUUCGUGGCCUAUUGGAGACGAUGGCUGCACGUGCAUGCAGAGUUCUGCCGACGCCUGCCCCGCGCACGUGCUGGACGACGUGGAGCUCUUCCUCGCCAAUGUCCGCGCGCUGGGCACCACAGCCGCAGCCGCAGCGGCCGCCUCACGUACCGUGUCCUCGUCGUCACUGCUGUUGCUGUCUCCCUACCACCUGCGUAACCUCUUCUUCCUGCUCGUCGUAGCGCUGGUGAUCGACGGCAGCCUGGACUGGGGCGAGCGGCGAUUCUACGUGCGCGCGUGCGAGGCGGCGGGUGUGCAAAACCACUGGAGCGGCGUGCUCAAGCUGAAGGAGGCAUUCGUGCACGACCAGGGGCUGGACGUGGACGCCAUCUUCGCGCUGGUGCAGUUCGAGGAGGACGCAGAGGCCCAGAGCGCGGCGGAAGACUCAAGCAGCGUGCCGUGGCGCGAAUCGCUCUCGUAUCUGAGGCUGCUGUCCUGCUGA